UACACCAGAUGAUGAUGAUGUCUUUCUUUGGUUCUUUUCUUCUUCUUGUCGCCAUCCUUAGUUGUGGUAACGCGAAUCAGGGAUAUGAUAGAAAAAUAAAGAACCAGUUGUCAGAUUUGCAUUAUCAGCUGUUUAAAACUGUCCAAAACCGGACUAGUUUGGUAAAGAUGGUGGUCUUUGAAACAGAAUGCACCAAAACUGGAUGUACAUUCAACGGGUGUCACAGUGAUGAAAGAAGCAAUUGCGGAAAUGAAAUGAUGAAAAAGUUGCAAGAAAUUCAAAAUACCGUUAAUACGAUGAAAAAUGCAGAGAAUAAACCUAAAGGUUGCAAAAGUGGAUGGAAGUCGUACAAAGGACACUGUUACGUUUUUAUUAGGUCUCGUCGUAACUGGUUUGAUGCCCAGAUGACGUGCAGAGAAAAUGGCGCAACUUUAGUUCAAAUUAAUGAUGCGCAGGAAAACCGUUGGAUAAUGAGGAACUUUCCUAAAGUUCGUUUUUGGCUCGAUCAUAGUGAUGUGGGUACAGAGGGAAGCUGGAAAUUAUUUUCCACUGGAAAGGCUCCCACGUUUUCUAACUGGGCUCCUGGUCAACCUAACGACUAUAGAAAGGCACAGGAUUGUGGUUACGCUUAUCAUACGAAGAAUGGAGCAUGGGAUGAUUCGGGAUGUGCCUAUAAAAUAUCGUUCAUUUGUGAAUCUUCAGGCUCACGUUGUUGACUGGGGUAGGUUGCAGGACUUUAGAAGUUUCACCAAAAGCUCGCAACACAGCCAAUUCUGGACGAGGUUUUAUAGUUGCCUUUUUCUGAUUUAAUUUGUUUUUGAUAUGUUAUAAAACGCUUGGAUAUUCACAUUACAAAACUUUUCUUCUUUCGAUUAUCUCAUUCAUUUCACGAAAUUUAUCUGUUGUUGUCAUAUGCAAAGGGAAAAAAUAAAUUGUCAUAAGAAUG